AUGUACCCUUCGGAUCCCAGCUUAACUUCGAGCGACCGCAGUGGUAACUCGCUCUUCUCUCGGGUUCUCGACCCCUCGUCCAAGUCUUUCAUUGACUCGAGUGACUACCGCAUGCCUCUGUAUUCGCGACAACCUCUUCAAAGCACGAACCACCGUCGUCACCUUUUGAACACUGGUAUCCCUAACCAAGGGUAUGCCAACAAACUUCCAGGGGUUGCCACUCUACUGAGACGCCGUGAUACGGCCCAAGCCAUGGACUCAGUUCCUUAUGUACCUCCUAUCAGCUACGACUGCCAACGUUCUCGACUUGAGACGGGGAUUCGUGGUGCACCCGAGUGCUGGACACCUCCACAUUUAGUUGGAAGACCCCAAACAAUCACGUCCCCUGCUUUCAAAUGGGUACCUUUGACAGCAUCGUUGACCCCAAUCCAUGACUACCGCGUCGAUGACAGGAACCGCCAUGACGACGAGUUUGUGGCGACACCUACCAGUGAUUUACAGAAGAGUCAACCGGACGACAUGGACAUGUGCUUAUUAUCGUCCGAUAUUCGGUCCCCGGAACCUGCUCGGAAAUACAGUGACUUGCAGCCUAAAAGUUCCCGUUACUUGCGUGAGAUUGACCGUCGCCGCAUUCUGAUGCGAAUUGCGCAAGGCGAGAAACAGUCGGCACUGGCGAAGGAGUAUCACGUCAGUCGCGCCGCUAUUUGCAACUUGAAUAAACAUCGGGCAGAAGUGCUUUCACGCAAUUAUGAACAUCCACUAGCAAAGCAUCCGAAGCGGAGGAUGGUGACGAAAAUGCAACCGCAAGACAUGGGGGACCACAACCAGUGGAGCGACGCUAGUAAUCGAUAG